ACUACUUCCUGUUUACUCCCGAGAAGUGACCGGCUAUUUAGUGCAGCUACUGUACUUCUUUUAAACCGGUGUAAAUGACCUAGUUUUGCUGUUUUCCUCUCAUCAUGACUCAGGUUGUUGGUUUGUUUCUGCUGCUGCUCAGCGCAGCGGCUCCCUGCUGCGCUGCUCCGACCGGAAGCAGCUACCUGUCCGGAACAGGCAGGUUCUGGCACAUCACGGACCUCCACCUGGACCCCAGCUACCGCCUGGCCCAGGACCCCACCAAGGUUUGCUUCUCCUCCAAAGGAGCCCCCGCCACCCACGCCGGUCUGUACGGAGACUUCCUGUGCGAUUCCCCCUACAGCCUGAUCCUGUCGGCCUUCACCAACAUGGCGCCGCUCACACAGCCAGAGGACUUCAUCAUCUGGACCGGGGACAGUCCGCCUCACGUCCCUCCAGAUGAGCUGUCCACCGACUUGGUGAUCCAGGUGAUCAGUAACAUGACGCAGACCAUCACUCAGCAUUUCCCCAACCUGACCGUCUUCCCUGCACUGGGAAACCACGACUACUGGCCACAGGACCAGAUGCCAGACUCCACUAACGACAUCUACAAAGCAGCUGCUGCUCUGUGGAAACGCUGGCUGGAACCUGAAGCUCUCGCCACUCUCUCACAAGGUGGUUUCUACUCCCAGCUGGUAAAACCGGGCCUGCGCCUGCUGAGCCUCAACACCAUCCUGUACUACGGACCUGAUAAAGUCACCAGCAACAUGACCGACCCAGCCGGGCAGUUUGAGUGGCUGGAGAAAACUCUGGAGAAAUCUGCUCAGAGCAAAGAAAAGGUGUACGUCAUCGCCCACGUCCCGGUGGGAUACCUGCCCUUCGUCGGGAACACCACCGCCAUCAGAGGGAGCCACAAUGAGAGGCUGGUGUCCAUCUUCAGGAAGUACAGCCAUGUUGUUGCUGGGCAGUUUUAUGGCCACACCCACAGAGACAGCAUCAUGGUGCUGCUGGAUGAACAAGAAAAUCCUGUGAAUUCUCUGUUUGUGUCACCGGCUGUUACUCCCAUCAAAAGCUUUUGGGAGCCAUAUUCCAACAACCCAGGUUUCCGCAUGUAUCUGUACAACAACAAGGACUUCAGUGUCAUGGAUAUCUGGCAGUACUACCUGAAUCUGACGGAAGCCAACGAGAAACAAAAGUCCGACUGGAGGCUGGAAUACAUCAUGACCAAGGCUUUUGGACUGAGCGACCUGCAGCCGAAAAGUCUGCUAGAGCUGGGCCUGAGCUUCAUGCUGCCGCAGAGCAAAGCCUUCGAUAAGUACUUCACCCACUUCAUGGUCGACUACAGCAACAGCAUUGUCUGCGAUGGGAGCUGCAAGCUCCACCAGGUGUGUGCCGUUCUCUACCUGGACCAGCAGUCGUACUCCAGAUGUGCCGCCAGUGCAGACUGGUAGCAAGUUUAUCCUCAGGAAUCUAAACGCUUUAGGAAAUUUUUGUAUCUGCUGGAAUCAAAUAAAAGGGAAAUGAUGCCUUCACAUCAGGAUUUUAUCCAAACUGGUGUUUCAGUUUUAUGUCACUUUAUGUUUUACUUAAUGUGUGGAGAAUCACAUUUUUAUGAUCUGCAUGGAAGUGCUUAUAGUUUGGAAACAGAAAAUGAAGAACUGAUGGUUUUCUGUUUGACUUUUGGUUGAACUGAUUAUAAAUAAAUGUUUUUUUAUGUUUUACAAACUGAUUGUGAUGUUGAGCAGCACAACAGUUGAACUACCUGAUAUAAUUAUUGUGAAGUUUGAUGAUGAAUGUUUGAGUUUCAUGACCAAAAACUUGUUGCAUAAAACAUGUCAGAAUGUAUAUUUUAGUUUAUAUUCCUCAGCGCUUUUUAGAUGGAUUGAUUUUGUUUUAUUGAUUUAAAAUGUGUCAAAGUGCAAUUAUAUAACUACUUUCUGCUGGAUUCCCACAGUUUCUGUUUUCUUGGAAACUAAAUCUAGUAUUUAGAAAUAAUUUGGGUUAAGUGCAAAAAAUGUUUCCAAAUGAAGGAUUUUUCUGAUAUUUUGAAAAUAUAACUACAUAUUAAUGAAUUUUAAUUAAAACUGUUUAGCAGUCAAUAAAGUUAGUUUAAAUAUUUGUUGAAUAAAUUAUUUCUAUUUUAAGAAAAUAAAUAUAUAUAUAUUUUAUUUUACAAUUUUUAUGUUUCUAUUUGUUACUGGAAACAUCAGUAAACCAAAAAACGAAUCUUUCUCAAUUAAUGAAUAAUUUGUUUGAUAAGUGAUUGUAUGUGCAGCUUAAAGAUAAAUAGAAUUAUUUACAGGUAUAAAUACAUAAUUUUCUGUUUUCUUGCACUUCAUCAUUACCAUAAGAAAUGCAGAGUUUGUCUGUGUUUGUGGAGAAUUGAACCAUUCAGUCAAAUCAUGUUUACCUGAAUGUUUGUUUUACAGAUGCCAUGUUACAGUGAGAUUUUUGUUAUCUAAAACGGAUUAAAUGUGAAUCAAGUUA